GUUCAAAAUUGACUUAUUAUUAUGAAUCACCACAAUCGACCAGGCCCUUUAAAUGAACAUGAUUAUUACAGUACAAGGGAAUACACAGAGACACAGCAGAAUGAAUCUUCUCAAGAGGAGGUUCAUAUUGAUGGACUGCAGGUGGACAAUUCAUCUACAGUGCUAGAUAAAAUAGCAAAAUUGUAUGCUGAUAAAUUAAUGAGUGAUGUGUGCUUGGUUGUCGGUGGGAAAGAUUACCUUGCUCAUCGUCUGAUACUCUGUGCCUCUAGUGAAGUCUUCCAUGUAAUGCUAAUGAAUCCCAACUGGACAGAAUCUCACAACAAGAGAAUAACAUUACAAGAGCCUACACAGUGUUGUAAUGUGUUUGGGGACUUUUUGGCUUACCUUUAUACAGGACGGAUACAAAUCUCCCAUGCAACUGUGAUGCCAGUAAUGGCUUUAGCUGACAAGUAUAAUGUACUUGAUUUGAUGAGCCUUUGCAAGAACUUUAUGAUAGAAAAUAUCCCCUCUGCUUCAAGAUGUAACCAGCUAAUGAACUGGUUGCAGUACAGUUUUGCCUGUGGUCAUCAACAAUUGGCAAAUGCUUGCAGAGAUUACGUUCGAUGGAACUUUCAAAGCGUUGCAGCACAGGAUGACUUCGGGACUUGCGAAGUUGACGUACUAAUUUCUCUAAUCCACAUGGACGACUUGGCCGUUUAUGACGAAAUGACUCUUUUCCACUGUCUAGUCAAGUGGAUAGAGGUACAGGAUGAUCCUAACGAGAACCUUAUUCGUCAAGUGUUUUCGUACGUCAGAUUUCCAAUGAUGACUCCGAGGCAGCUGGCCGAUUUGCUUCUCUGUUCGCUCACUCAGCGCUUCAAAGAAUUCUUCGUCGAACGCAUGGCCAUUGCAAUGGCAUUUCAUUCAGGGCAAAGGGAAGAAUUCACAGAAGCACUGUUGCAACAGAACAAUCCCGAUUCCCAGUUGUUCACACCGCGUCUUUACACUUCCGAAAAAUGGGGCACUCACAUAACACUGGAGAAUUUCCCCUCAUUACCGGCGUACCACACGAGAACUCUGUUGCUCUCUUCGCCGGCUUCUUGUGCCGACUUUGAAACAGACGCCUAUGAGUGGGUUAUCGAGUUCUCUCCCAAAGGAGUGUGGUUUCGGCCUUGCUGUCUAAUUGUCUGGCAAGGAAAUAUCGAAGUUCCAGAAACAGUUUUGCGUACAGUAAGACUGUCACUCAUGCUGAAGGACCCUAUUGAAGCUCACGUCCGUGUAGCUGUACUGGUUUACGGUGUACACGGCGGAGUUGAACAUGUGCGAAGCACAACGGUCCGGAAUUUCAUCUUCUCGCAGGAAGAACCAGUGCUGCGAUAUGACAACUUACUGACAUACUCGGACAUCAAUCCGGAUCGGUUCGAUUGUGAUCGGCCACAGCCAAAUAGUCCACCAUCGCCUUUCCUGGUUGGGCCCAAGCGUGACACGCUCAAGGUCCAACUCAUCAUUCUACCUCAGCGACCUUACAAGCGACGGGAAAGAUGAAAACACCUUAAGUGGAAAUACGGGCUAACAACGAAAGAGUCAGGAACCAAGAGAAGCAGCACAAAAUUAUGAAUGAAAUUUAUGCCUUGUGUUUCACCAUCAUGUUGUUUCAACUCCAAUCUGUUGACUCUUUGCUGUGAAAAUCGAAGAGUCAUUUCUAGCUUCACAAAACGACACCUGUAUUUUUCCUCGUUCAAAAUAGAUUCGUCAUCAAAGUUUAA